GAAAAAUGGCUAGAGUCAUUUCUUUCCUGUAUCUCUGAGUUUUCCAGAAGAAAAGCUCUUCAGGAGACACAAAUCCUGUCCUCCAGCUAGCUGGAUUGAGAAUCAUCUGGAGCAGAGACACAUUUCACAUGUGAAGCUCUUCACUUCAGAAUCUGUUUUCAAUCAACUUAUUUCUGCAUACUUAUAAUUUUAUAUAGCUGCUAAAUACAGACCAUGCCGAGCAGAAUGGGCUCAAAAAUUGAUCUGAACAAAGACUUCAUCAGAGUAAAAACACACUACAGUGGGGACAUCCUGAUAACAAACCUGGAUGCAUCCAUGAGCUAUGCUGAGCUCUGUGAUGAAGUGCACGAGAUGUGCAACUUGCAGCAGGAGCAGCCCAUUACCCUCAAGUGGAUUGAUGAUGAAGGUGACCCCUGUACCAUCUCCUCUCAGAUGGAGCUGGAGGAAGCAUUCCGUCUGUACUGCCAGAACAGGGACCAGGGGCUGAUCAUUCAUGGAUCGUGAGUACCAAAAUGUUCUCCCUUUCUAACUAAACUUUUUUUUGAUCACGUGGAAAAGAAAUAUUAAAGGAUUUUCAUCAUCUAGUGCUACAUAUGUGUGUUUGUUUUGUUUUCUUAAAAGAAUACAAAAUGUUUUACAUUUUGUCAACAGACAAAUUGCAUAAAUCAGUGUUGUAGCAGUGUUUUAAUGUUUCUGAGGAUUAAUGCUGUUUUUUGUUGUUGAUACAUUUGGAGGAAGAGACAACAGGAUUUUUAGAUGCCUAUUUGAAUAUAGGCCUUUGCUUUUUUUUGUGGCUCUUUUGGUUUUUUAACUUUCAGGGAAAAGAAAUGUGCUGAAGAGGGUGAUACAGCCAUUUUAAUAAAAAGGUUAUUAAUCUCUAUAAAAAUAAUCCUGUGAGAGAUAGAUAAACCUCCAGAGGGAGGACACAUAAUUGAUAUGGUUUACCUGUAUUUGUAAUAACCUGAACUGCACAGGGAUAAAGGGAUUAAAUAGCUGUAUAGUCAGCUCUCAUGACAGAGGGAUGGCAUCAGGACUUUAGUUCCUAUCUUGGUAAAUGUUAAGGAAAGGAAUGGGAAUAAUUGGGUGCCAAAGGUACCAGAUGAUGCUUGGCUGCUCACAGGAGUAUAAAAAAAGCUAACUGAGGAAUUUGAAGGACCUUUGCUCUUCUCUUUGAGAAAUAUGAGAGGAGAUAAAACUAAUUGCUGAUAAGAGCAAGUAAUGCAUGCUAGGAGAAAAGUACUUGGUUGAUCAGGAUUUACACUGAGACUGGCUAAAGAUGAGUAGGGCAGUGGUAGUAGUUGUUAAUGCUAUUUUUUAUCAGAGAAUAAUGCUAAUAUGCUAAUAAUAAAAAAAAAGUUCUCUAUUGAGAACUUGUAUGAGGAUAGAGAGAGGUGAAAUAAAUACCAAAAAGUUGGAGUUCAAAUAUGAUUUUCUACAUUUAACUACAUCUAACUACAGUAGAUGAAAGGUUGACUGUAAAAACCAGGUAAGUUUUAAUGUUGAUUAGGUUAUUAAAAUUGUCUUUUAGAAAGAAAAAAAAAGUAAAUUUACAACAUUAUUUCCUUUAAUUUUCUGAACAAGGCCAGCAGAUAAAGGCUCUUCUACUAUGAUUAGAAGAGUUAAAGAAAUUAUCCCUGAGACACCUAAUUUAAUGAACUCAUUAAAGGUGUAGAUAUUCUAAUAGGAAAGUUUUUUGUGUUAAUUUAUUUGAAGUUUGAGCUCUCUCAAGCCCUGAGAUGAGCUGCAGAGAGCACAGCUGAGUGUGGCUCAGCUGACCUGGUUAUUGUGUCUGUAGGGUAUUUCUCCCUCUUUGGUUUUGCAGGUCACGUCGAAUCACACUCAGAUUGUUUCAAAAUCCUGUUUAGUUGGAUGUGCUUGAUAAGGGAUCUCUGGUCAGGUUUCUCAUGGUUUCAUGGAUUAAUUUGAUGCACAUUACCUCUUUGCAUCUGUGGGGCCUGCAUGGAAAUUGGGCCUAGUGGCCUAGGUAUAGCUAUUUUUUGUAGCAGAGCUGUUAAAUUGUAUUUAAAUUGUAAUUUAGCAUAGACUAAUACAUUCAGGAUUGUUGCUCGUUAGCCAAAGGCCCACAACAAAUAUCUGCAUUGCACUUAGACUGUAAGGGAAUGUUACUGGUGUUGGUAAUACAGUUUAUUUCAGGAACUUAUUUAUUUAUUUUGUCAGGACUGAAAUAUUUGCUUUGCUUCAGAAAAUAUUAAUCCUGUGUUAAUUUCUUAUUUGGUCUCUAUCACUGUAGUUAUAUUCAGAGGAAAUUCCUUUAAAAGUGAGAAUAUUAUGUAAUAUAUGGAUAUGUUUGCUGGAGCAUCGUGUUUGCACUAUAAAGGAGAUUAUGAGUUUGCCUCAGGUUUUUUCCAGAGACAAAUAAACAGUGAAGUAGUUGGUCUAUCCAAAAUGAGCUUCUACUUAAAUUAGCAGUUCUCAGUGUGGAUUGCUGGUUUGUUACAGAACUACAGACAGUUUGAAAUGGAGUUUUUAAAUAAAACUAUUCAAUUGUGAAAUAAUUGCAUUUCCAAUCUGUUGCUCAGAUGUCUCCAUGUUAGGUCAUGAGUUGCUCUUUCCAAUAGUUUGUGGUCUUCUGAAGUGCAAAUCUCUCUUUCUGUAGGAUUGUAGGGUUUUUCUUUCCAGCUCCUUCAGAACAAUAAUACUUGGAAGAAGAGUGCAGGAAUACAGACUGGAGGGUUUGCAUUUAUGUUGAAAUUUAAUAAUAGAGUUGCAACCUAUCCUCACCUUUGUUAAUUGAUACAGUUUUGAGAUUGUACCAGCCAGCAAAGCUUGAAAUAAAAGCUGUAAUGCAUUAAUGAAAUAAACCACAUGCCUAAUAUUUCAA